AUAGAAUCCAGCCUUCAGAGACACGUUUCCUACAACAAAACAUGUCAGCUCCCGGCGCAUAGAGAAUAACCACAUCUCUGUGAUUUGACAUUACCGAACAAUAAGAUGGUUCUUUCUGACUCGCAGUCCUCGGACUCAGGGACCAUCCUGCGUGUUAAAGGACCGCUGGAGUUCAAAUGUCUACUGGAAACCACAGAUGCCUUGCAAAUGCACAAAGUCAUCUCGAGAACAUUUGAGACGCUUCACUCUCAGGUGAAAUCUGAAUCCUGUGUUCUGACCGUCUGUGACAGUCCGGUUUUUAUUUGGCCAAAUCGCAGUUUUCAUGCAACACCUCAAGAUAUAACUCCAGACACACCGUGUGAGGAUUUACAACAGUGGAUACAGACGGAUGAAUUCGAGAACACUGGCAGGAGAUCUGCAAAAAAGAGAAGCAAGAAGACUUCUACCGCGAGUGUUAUUAAUCUUCGCCUAAUGAUGGAAGUGACAACAAAAGGAAGCCAUCUUUCAGCUCCAGUCCUCUGCAGGACAGCCAAGAAAUCCCACUUCUUGUGUACAACUCUUCCCAUGGACUGUGUCGUCUGCGCCACCAGCAAAGACACCGCCAAAGAUGCCUUUGAGCGCCUGAUGGAGGCGUUGGGUCGUCAGCUGGGUGAGAUGGAGAGAGUGAUGCUGCAGCACGUGAAGGGUACGACUCUGCUGGUACCUGAGCCGCUGCACUUCCUGCUUCCAGAGCCAGAAGGACUGGUGACUGUUGUUUACCCAGCAGGAGUGGCUGACAGCCAGCUGGAAACAGAACGUAAGGAAUUGCAUCAACAGUUUGAGCUCCCAAAUGACUGGCCCUAUUUUAGAAGAGCCAAUGCCUACCACUUUCCCAAUGAGCCCUACAAAGAUGGCUACCUCAGGAACCCUCACCUGGCCCUCACUAAUCCCAGCCUGGACAAUGGAAAGGUGUACUUGGUCCAGGGCAUCUACAGUUAUCACCACUACAUGCAGGACCACAUGGAUGACAACGGCUGGGGCUGUGCUUAUCGCUCCCUGCAGACCAUCUGCUCCUGGUUUAAGCAGCAGGGCUACGCAGAGGGGCCUGUGCCCACUCACAGGGAGAUCCAACAGGCUUUGUUGGAUGCUGGAGACAAACAGGCGUCCUUUGUUGGAUCACGUCAGUGGAUCGGAUCCAUCGAGGUUCAGGUUGUUCUGAACCAGCUGCUUGGGGUCACUUCAAAGAUCAUGUUUGUGAGUCAAGGUUCUGAUUUGGGCUCUAAAGGAAGAGAACUGGCGAACCACUUCCUCACUGAAGGGACUCCCAUCAUGAUUGGAGGGGGAGUUUUAGCUCACACUAUUCUAGGUGUGGCAUGGAGUGAGACCACCGGGCAGAUCCGAUAUCUCAUCCUAGAUCCCCAUUACACCGGAGCAGAGGACUUACAGGUUAUCACAGAUAAGGGCUGGUGCGGGUGGAAAGGAGCAGAUUUCUGGGAUCAAACUGCAUAUUAUAAUCUGUGUCUGCCUCAGAGGCCAAAGGUCAUCUGAGCUCUUACAGAUGUCAUUUGGUAUUUAAGUGAAGAAUUGUGUGUACCAUUUGAACUCAGACAUUUCUAUGGCGAUACGUUCUUGUAAUUAAUUAUAAUUUUUUUGGUCAAGUCAAACAUUAUCUUCUAUAUUUACUCGGUGUGUCUUUGUUUUAGAAUGAAAAAAACAUAGAAACGAAUCACAACAUGAACUACAUUUUCUUCACUUCCAUUGUCUAAUUAAAAAAAAAAAGGUGAAAUUAGUAUACUACACAGACUUAUCUCAUUGCUAAGCUAAAGUAAUUGAGUAUGAAACAGUUUUAUUAUCAAAUAUUAGUUUUUCUUCCUACAAUCUCCUUGCUUAGUAAAGACUAAAUAAUGGCAAUAAACCUUGGCCCUGUCACAAAGAAACAAAAAUACAAAACAUUUCCACUGAUCAAUCAUUUUUUUGUGUACACCUGAAAGGAUUAUUGUUUAGUAAUCAUUUACAACCUUGAACUCUGAUGGAUGCUGAGAACUCUUUGUUUUUGACAUUGAAUAAAUAACAGUGAAAUUAUA